CUGGGAAAGACCGAUAAACUUUGAGCCGACCAGGAGAGAGAAAAUCUCUCUUUGUGGUGAGGGGCCUCUUGGGUGGUCGCGGAAUUGGGCUCUGUGCGCUGGGAAGGGGAAGUGGAGGUCUCUGAAAGAAGAUGAAUUUGGCUGAGAUUUGUGACAAUGCAAAGAAAGGAAGAGAAUAUGCACUUCUUGGAAAUUAUGACUCAUCAAUGGUGUAUUAUCAGGGAGUGAUACAGCAGAUUCAGAGGCACUGCCAGUCAGUCAGAGACCCGGCUGUCAAAGGCAAAUGGCAGCAGGUUCGGCAGGAAUUAUUGGAAGAAUAUGAACAAGUUAAAAGUAUUGUCAGCACUUUGGAGAGUUUUAAAAUUGACAAGCCCCCAGAUUUCCCUGUGUCUUCUCAAGAUGAACCGUUUAGAGAUCCCGCUGUUUGGCCGCCCCCUGUACCUGCAGAACACAGAGCUCCGCCUCAGAUAAGGCGCCCCAAUCGAGAAGUAAGACCUCUGAGGAAAGAAAUGCCAGGAGUAGGAGCCCGGGGACCUGUCGGCCGAGCGCAUCCUAUAUCAAAGAGUGAAAAACCCUCCACAAGUAGGGACAAGGAUUACAGAGCCAAAGGGAGAGAUGACAAGGGAAGGAAACAUAUGCAAGAUGCUGCAAGUGAUGGUGAAAUUCCAAAAUUUGAUGGUGCUGGAUAUGAUAAGGACUUGGUGGAGGCCCUCGAGAGAGACAUCGUGUCCAGGAAUCCUAGCAUUCAUUGGGAUGACAUAGCGGAUCUGGAAGAAGCUAAGAAGUUGCUGAGGGAAGCUGUUGUUCUUCCGAUGUGGAUGCCUGACUUCUUCAAAGGGAUUAGAAGGCCAUGGAAGGGUGUGCUGAUGGUUGGACCCCCAGGCACUGGUAAGACUAUGCUAGCUAAAGCUGUCGCCACGGAAUGUGGCACAACGUUCUUCAACGUUUCCUCUUCUACACUGACGUCUAAAUAUAGAGGUGAAUCUGAGAAGUUAGUCCGUCUGUUGUUUGAAAUGGCUAGAUUUUAUGCCCCCACCACAAUCUUCAUUGAUGAGAUAGAUUCUAUCUGCAGUCGAAGAGGAACCUCUGAUGAACAUGAGGCCAGUCGCAGAGUCAAGUCUGAACUACUCAUUCAGAUGGAUGGAGUUGGAGGAGCUUUAGAGAAUGACGAUCCUUCCAAAAUGGUUAUGGUGUUGGCUGCUACUAAUUUCCCAUGGGACAUUGAUGAAGCUUUGCGAAGGAGAUUAGAAAAAAGGAUAUAUAUACCACUCCCAACAGCAAAAGGAAGAACUGAGCUUCUGAAGAUCAAUCUUCGUGAGGUUGAAGUGGACCCUGAUAUUCAACUGGAAGAUAUAGCAGAGAAGAUUGAGGGCUAUUCUGGUGCUGAUAUAACUAAUGUUUGCAGGGAUGCCUCUUUAAUGGCAAUGAGACGGCGAAUCAAUGGCUUAAGUCCAGAAGAGAUCCGUGCGCUUUCUAAAGAGGAGCUUCAGAUGCCUGUGACCAGAGGAGACUUCGAAUUGGCUCUUAAGAAAAUUGCUAAGUCUGUCUCUGCCGCAGACUUGGAGAAGUAUGAAAAAUGGAUGGUUGAAUUUGGAUCUGCUUGAAUUUCUGACAGAUAUUUGAUCAGAGGGUUCCUUCAUUCAGCAGACUUGCGUUGGUUGCCUACUGUGUGCACCACCCUCCCGUGGGAGCUCUGUGGCUUACAGAGUCGGACUAGGCAGUGCAGUUCCGACUGGGCACUUUGUGUAAUUACAGUGUACAGCGUCUAACUCCAACUGAUGAAACGAGUUCAUAUCAUAAACAGAGAGGGACAGUAAUCUGUGUGUGCUUUGGAAAGAUGAUACAUAAAAGUUUUUCUCUCUUUAAAUCUGUUUUAAAAUUAGAACCAAUACCCGUUUGUUUGAACAAUAUAACUGUUAUAGGUCUAACUAUUUUCAUGAACCAUUUCUGUUUCCCAGCUACAUGUUUAUUGUAAACAUUUUACUCUCAUAGUUCCUUUAUUUUUUAAAGGAAAUUAAUAUUGAUGAAAUGUACCAGACAAAUGGCCCUCUAGCGUAGACUGAAACCUUCUAGUAAUCCAAGUAGAAAAUAGACGAUGGCGUCACAGUCUGUAUCUUCUAGUCAGUAGCAGCAUAGGUAUUCCAGAAUGACCAAAACAUCGUUUGGACUCGGAACUCUGCCUCCAAAACUACCAAGACAGCUUGGAAGAGGAAACAUGUUGUGGUCCAGCUGUGUAACUAGGGACUUCCUUUGAGCUCCUGAAAUGGCCAUUUUUAUGAUGUGAUAUUUGACUGUCAAAAAAUAGGCUGAAAUCACUAAUUACUAAAAAGUGAGCAAGUAUCUGGUGAAUCUGCUAUUAACAAACACCAGAAAAAAAUGUGUAUACAGCCCAAAUUUACAAUAUAAUUGUCACGCUUUCACUUUGCUCCCUGUAGCCUGACUCUAUUGAACAUAAAAUUAUUGAUACUCUAGGUUUUGAACGGCUUGAGAUGGUUGAAUUCCUUCCUUGGAAAUAGACACUGUCAAAUCCAUGAUGAGAAUCACAAAACAGUAACUAGUUGACAUAGAUAUAUUUCACUUUCCCCCACCCCAGCCUGAGAGAAGUGAAGGACUUAGGCAGGUGUUUCAUGUGGUGUGGGCUUUGGCUCCUUCAGUAUUGUCUGGAUUAUUGUCUUUUUUGCAUAAUGGUAGAUUCCCACGCUUCUUAUUAAUGAUAAAUCAUCUUAGGACAUAUCCUAUAUGACAGGCAUAAAAUGUUAAGGGUAUUUGUUGGCCUUUUCCAAGAAAGGGCCACCUUAACUUGUAUGAGGAAACAAUAGUAAUUAUUUUUUUAACCUUUUUUUGUACCUACUGUUCCUUAACUGUUUUGAUUGUAUAAUAUUUUUUACAUACCAAUUAAUUUGUGAUGCACGAAAUAUUUACGUGACUCUAAGAAUCUGUCACAAUAGAAAAGAGUAGGAAUUACAGUUGGAGGGCAUGUUAAGGGGAUAAAAAUAUUUAAACCCCAAAUGUUUUAUUCUCGACUCCACCAAUUAUUUUUGUGGAAAAAACUAAAAAUGCUGUUAUAACACUAUGUUUACUUAUUUAUACUAAGUUAAGCUUUUCAUAUUUAUUUAUUUAAUUUUUUAAGGACAUUUACUUUUAGUAUUGUUUCUUAAUAUGGAAACUGUAUGAGUAUUUUAGAAAUAAAAUCCCUAAGAUAAUAUGUUUUUACACAUUCAGAAAUUAACAAUAAUUCUUUGAAUUUUUGUUAUAUUUUUUAACUCUGGACAGCCUUUGGCUUUAAUGGUAUUUCUACAUUUCCUGGUGACUAGGAAAAAUAUUAAGGUAGAGUCAUAUAUCACCUAAGACAGGGAUAAGUUCUGAGAAAUACAGUGUUAGACAGUUUCGUCCUUGUGCGAACAUCAUAGUAUGUACUUACACAAACCUAGAUGGUAUAGCCUACUACACACCUAGGCGAUAUGGUACUAAUCUUAUGGGACCACCGUUGUAUAUGUGGUCCCUUGUUGACCGCAACAUCAUUAUGUGACACAAGACUGUAAUGUCAUAAAAUUUAUUCUUUUUAUUUUACCUUUCUCAUUUCUUGAUUGACCUUAUUUUGUAUAUGUAUAUAAAUAACCUGGAUACUGCUUGGUCACCAGGAGUGUACAGGUUUUUCAACAUUUGGAAAUUAUUUUUUUUUUAAUGAUUGGCACCUGAGCUAACAACUGUUGCCAAUCUUCUUUUUUUUCUUUUUCCUGCUUUCUCUCCCCAAAUCCCCACAGUACAUAGUUGUAUAUUUUAG